GAGGGUAUAGAUUUUAUUCUGUGGUGAGCUUUGCCGACAAAACCUUAUUCUCAUUCUUUUCAUGUUCAACAAUUCCCCUCAAAAAGUCCCUGUCGGUGCCCUCUCCUGUGCCAUUUUGACUAGCUGACAAAUUUCUCCCAUAAGCAAACAUGGUGUUUACUCAGUCGCUGCUGACAAACAAAACACAGCCGAGCCUCAAACGGGUGCCGAGACAAUACAGAGCUCUAAAAAAUCUGGAUUCACGGAUAGAUUGUGAAGCUCUGAUCCAUUAAAUCGCCCUCGUUCCUUCACCUGCUCCAGCAGUCACAGUCCCUAAUACCCUGAAUCCAUUCCAUAAAUUAAUCUGAGGAGGCAGGUCACGGCGGAUUGAACUGAAUGUGCACUAUAUCAAUGUGUCGAAUACCAAAACUGAACCGAUCAAUGAUCAUUCAUCUACUUUUAUACUUUUCAUGCCCGCUCCUCUGCCCCUCACUUCAUUGAAUGUUGCUGUGCCCUCUCUCAGCUGCUCUAAGAGCUCUCCUGAGAUGAUGAUGAAAGAUCCUGCCAAUGGGAUUGCACAUCGCGAUAAGUGCUCCGAGCCGAGUGGUUCGUCACACCUCCCUCCUGUAUUUCAAAGAGGGGCUAUAUCUUGAUGUAGAGCCAUCUUUGAUUAUUGAUCCAUAAUCACUGUUUUUCAUUCCAUCUGCAAUAUCUGAAUGAGUCACGAGAAGUGACUCCAAGGAUGAUCUGCCUCCGAAAACCCAACUCAAUGGCUUGUCAGUGAGAAAAGACACAUGAGGCUCCAGUCCAUUCUGUUUAUUGGAGAUAUAGAAAAAAGCGUAAACUAUCCACCUAGUUAUCACAGUUUUAAUUACAAUAAAUUGAUAAUUCAACAAAGAUAGCUUUAAAUGUCCAGAUACACUAAUGAAACACUAACACAAACACAAGUGAAAGGGCAUUUAUACAGCAGGUAACUAAUCACAAAGCCAUUAAAGAUUUAAAGAUUGAUAAAUAUUAAGUAAGUGAUGUGUUGUUGCUUUUACAGGUUUGCUGCAGCUAAUUUGGUUUCUGUUCAGUCUCCCCCCCCUCACACACACACCUCUUACAGUGGCAGCAGCAGGCAUGAGAAGAUACCCAGCACAUCAUUGGUCCUGAUGCCUCGAAGAGAUGCAAGAGUCCUGGCUUUGGAUUGGACAGCAGGUGGCAGUGCAAGUAGACGGAAGCUGUCUUAUCUGUAGAAGUAAAAGGCUCGGGCGAGGGAGGGGACCGCCGAGAUGUUCAAUACACACACACACACACACACACACACACACACACACACACACAAUCGUGCAUGCUCUCAUACACAUACAGUAUGCACUUACAUCAUCGUCAGGGGAGGAGCUUCACUGAGUCUGUGGAUUGCAGACUGCAACAGGGAUGACUUGAGAGGAGAAGCACAGCUACAUGGACAUGAUGCAGCCAGGGUGUCCUGCAGUGAGUGUGUGUGAAGACGUCAAAACUGCGGCAGCCCUGUCGGAGUCCUGAGGAGUCGGGACGUGACUUCUGUGACCUUAGGACGGCGCCAUGGCGUCAUCAAGGCACUACGGCCACUCCAGUCGGGACAUCACCAACGUGAUGCAGAAGCUGCAAGAUGAGCAGGAGGCCGUGCAGAAGAGGACGUUCACGAAAUGGAUCAAUUCCCACUUGGCGAAGCGUGUCCCUCCUCUGGUGGUGAUAGACCUGUUUGAGGACAUCAAGGAUGGCGUGAAGCUGCUGGCUCUGCUGGAAGUCCUCUCCGGAAACAAGCUGCCAUGUGAGCAGGGUAAGAAAAUAAAGAGGAUCCACUGGGUCGCCAACAUCGGCACGGCUCUCAACUUCCUUGAGGGUAGGAAGAUCAAGCUGGUCAACAUCAACUCCACAGACAUUGUUGACGGACGACCAUCGAUCGUACUGGGGCUGGUGUGGACCAUCAUCCUUUAUUUCCAGAUAGAGGAGUUAACCAGUAGCCUCGCAGCUCUCCAGGCCAGCAGCACCUCCUCACUGGACAGCUCCACCAGCAGCACCGACACAUCCAGCCCGCCUGUCAAAAGGAGACCCCCCCCACCUCAGGGUGGAGCCAGGAAGGCCUUGCUGAGAUGGGUCCAGCAGACAGCCACCAAACGCUUGGGCCUGGAGGUGAAGGACUUUGGCCCCAGCUGGCGCACAGGUUUGGCAUUCUUCGCGGUCAUCAACUCCCUCCGGCCCAAUCUCGUGGACAUGGAGCGUGUAUCGAGGAGGCCCAACUGUGAGAACCUGCAGGAAGCCUUUUUAUUGGCCGAAACGGAGUUGGGCAUUCCACAGCUUCUGGACCCAGAAGACGUUGAUGUGGACAAACCGGAUGAGAAAUCCAUUAUGACAUAUGUAGCCCAGUUCCUGAAGCAUCCUCCUGACCAGAAGCAGGGCGACGCAUACAGCCUGCCAGACGAAGAGCGAGAGCAGCGGAAGAGCCUGAGGGAGCUCAAGAUGUGGCUCGACCAGCUGGAGAGAGACGUAACACAGACUCAGGAGACCGAGGGCAAUCUCGCUCAACAGUACCAGCUGUUCAAGAGUCUACGUGUCCAGUUGGAGAUGAGGAGGAAGCUGGUGGACGGAGCUUUACAGUCCACUCAGAGAGACGGGAUUCUGACUGUGGAUCAGGCUCUGGUCAAACAAGCCUGGGAAAGGGUCUCCAACAGGCUCCUGGACUGGCAUCUGCAGCUGGACAGGUCUCUCCCCGCUCCUCUGGACACGGUGGGGGCCUGGCUGCACGAGGCUGAAGGAGCCCUGCGACAAGAGAUCGUCGUCCAGCAAGCGCACGACGUGACGGCUAAGACCGUCCACAGAGCUCUGGAGCAGCACAAGGAUGUGUUGAAGAGUCUGAAGAGUCACCAGCAGGUCUUCCAGAGGAUUCAUAAGGACAGAAGUGUUGAUGGAGUCCCUGUUCCCCCGGACCAGCUCCAGGACAUGGCAGAGAGGAUAAACUUUAUCUCCACAUCCUCUACCGUCCACUUGGCUAAGAUGGAAUUCCUGGAGAACAAACACAACAUGCAGGCCUUCCUCUCUCUGGCCGAGACCAAGCUCAAAUCGUGGAUCAUCAAAUAUGGGCGACAGGAGUCUGUGGAACUGAUGCUCGACAACUAUGUCUCAUUUGUGGAGAAGCAACGUUUCUUUGAAAAUUACGAGGCGUUCUUCCAGUCCCUGAAGCAGUCUACAGAGGCCUACGUCAAAGCUGACAGCUCAGUGGAGGAGGGCGAGGCGGGGGUGCGCAGGUUCAUGCGGGAGGUGGUGACCCAGUGGAGGAGUCUGUCCAUGGAGCUGCGCAGCGUGAGGAGCAUGCUGGAGGAGGUGCUGUCCAACUGGGAGAGGUACAGCUCCACGGUGGCCUCCUUACAGGCCUGGCUGGAGGACGCGGAGGAAGCCCUGAGCCAGCCGGAAAACACUAAAAGGGAGUUUUUCAGGAAUCUCAGCCACUGGAUGGAUCAGCAUUCAACCAUGAAUGACUCCGGGAACUUCCUCAUUGAAACGUGUGAUGAGACCGUGUCGCUUGAUCUCAAGCAGCAACUGCUUCUGUUGAAUGGACGGUGGAGAGACCUCUUCCUCAAAGUCAAACAGUACGCGAGAGAGGAUGAGUUGGAGAAGUGGAGGAAAGACCACCUGAAGGCUGCGUUGGCCCUGAAAGUGCUGCUGGACUCAGCAGACAUCAAACUCAAUGCCCCCGUUCAAGUGUCUUUCCUCAAUGUCAGAGGCUUCCUACAGGACGUGGAGAAUACCAAGCAAAAGGUUGUCGCCAUGGAGACACAUUACAAGUUGGCAGCCCGCAGUGCUCAGCUCCUCGCCAAGGAUGCACCGCAGGACGAGGCUGCCAGGGUCAAUGCCACUAUGACAACAGCCAAAAGUCAGCUGAGCAAGGUGCGAGAGCGAUGCCCCGCCCUAGUGAGGGAGUGUCAUGUCCUUCUGCCCCUGUUGGAGGAGAUGGAGAAACACAUCACGGCUUUCUACCAAGCCCUGGAGCGAGCCAGUCGCAUCACUGCUGCUGCAAGAGACCCGGACUCACAGGCGCAGGCCCAGCACAAACAAAAGUGGCAGGAUUUACUGAACCAGCAGCAAAACUGUAAAAGAUGUCAAUCUGUGAUCGAGAGGAAUCACCACACCCUGCACAGGACGCUCUCCAACAGUAAGGUGCUCCGGAUCUUCGACCUGUCACUGCUGCAGAAGAGAGUGGCAGAAAUACAGAGCUCAGCACAGGCUUUGUUGAAGGAGGUCGGGGACUGGAGACGGCAGGAGGAGGCCAACAACUGCCUGAGGAGGAGGUUUGAGGAAUCCCACGAAGAGCUGGAGAAAGUGCUGAAGAGAGCUCAGGGCUGCUUGAGGGAGACCGGAGAUGCUGAGGAGCUACUGAAGAAACACACUGAUUUUUUCGGCCACCUGGAUCAGCGCAUGCUGAGCGUGUUCCUGAAGGCGUGUGACGAGCUGACUGACAUCCUGCCACAGGAGGAACAGCAGGGGCUGCAAGAAACAGUCCGCCGGCUGCACAAACACUGGAAGGACAUCCAGGGCGAAGUGCCAUCUCACCUGCUGCGCCUGAAGGUGGAGGUGGAGCACAGUCGACUGGCUGUGAUCCUCCAGGACUGCAGAGCGGAGCUGGACAGAGAAGUGCGAGCCCUGUCUGGCACCUGCACCAGCGAGCGAGUGAUCAGGGAACACAGAACUUUCUUCAGGGAACGCAAACCUCUGACUCUGUGCGAGAAGAGGAUUAGGAACAUGGAGGAUCUGUGUCACAAGUUGCCUGACAACGACCUGGCUUAUCGAACGCUAGACUCCGCCAGACAGGCUGUCGAAAAGGUCGCGGGGCAAAUUAAAAACACCCACCUGAAACUGGAGCAGCACCCUGACAAAUGGAAAGAGUGGAACGAGAGGUUCUGUGAACUCUCUGAUUGGCUCUCAUCUCAGAGGAGGCAGGUGAGGCUCCUGAGAGAGAUGGCGAGGGAUUCCAGCAAUCAGGAGGAAGUGGAUGUGGCUGUUCAGGCUUUGCAGGAAGCAGUAAAUGCCAGAGAGGAGAGCUUAUUGUGGCUGAAAAGCCUCCUCGCUGGGCUGUCUGAGGUCAGCUCGGACCUGGAGGUGCAGAGACAAAGAACGGCCCUGGCUAAACUCUCCACUGACCUGCGGGCGCUCUUUACUUCACUUCGUCAGUCACAGUGGGAUGAGGAGGGAUCUGCCAUGUUUGAGUAUGAGGAGCUGAGGGAGGAGGUGCGCGGUGCUCUGGAGGAGGUUCUGAGAGCACGGAGGGAGGCGGAGGAGCAGACCGGCAGGAUCCUGGAUGCUGAGGAUCUGGAGGAGGCAAAACAACUUUACCAUAUUCACCAGCAACAGCUGAGGCGCCUGCAGGCUAACAGGACAGAGGCAGAGCUCCUGGUGUCCCACUGCCGCCAGCUGCAGAAAGGGGAGGCACUCACUCCCUCUCUACGGGAGCUGGAGGGAGCCUUUGGAGAGGUGGACCGCAAAGCCGGAGCAAAGGACCACAACCUGCAGGCCACACUCAGCUCCUGGCAGCAUUUCGAAGCAGAGAGAGAAAUUAUUGGCAGGUUUAUCAGCAACACAAGCAAUGAGCUGCACAGGGAACUGGUUUUCAACAGCUUGGACAGCCUGAGAACUGAACUGGAACGCAAUAAGGAGCUCUUCACGCCGGUUGAGGAGUGUUGCGUGAGAGCAGAUCUCCUCUCAGAGACGGCAGCAGAUAUUGAGCUUGGUCCAAAGAACCAGACUCUUCUCCAGCAGGCCCAGUCCACCAGAGAAGCAGUUGCACAAGUUCAAGACCAUCUCAACAAGAAUGUUGUCCAGCUGGAGAUGAUGUGUGUGUGGUGGGAACGCUUCAGCAGCCAAUCAGAGACUCUUUCCUCCUGGAUCAAUGAGAAGGAGAAGGAGCUGGAGGUCAUCAGCACCACAUCCUCCUUGGAUCCUUUAGAUAAAAACAUCAGUGCAGUGGAGGAGGUGGGGAAGGGUUUAGAGGAGAGGAGGGCAGCCCUGGCCCACAUGGAUGCCGACUGCGAAGCCCUGUCGCGCUUUGUGACCCCUGGAGAGGCUGGAUGUCUCCGGGCACGACUCACCCAGAUGAAGCGCUACUGGGAAGAGCUGAAGGGGAGAGUGGAGCAGCUGGGAGGACAGCUCAACCAGAGCGCCUCCUACAGGCAGCGAUACAAUGAUAACCUGGAGCAGGUCAAGAAAACAAUGAGCGACAUCGAAGAGAAGCUUGACCGACCGAUGACGUACUGUUCAUCAUCAUCUGAGACCUACAAAAUCCUCCAGAGUCACACGGAGGUCUGCCAGGCCGUCGAGCAGCUGAAGCCCCGGCUGAUGGCUCUGUGUUCGGCCAUGAAGAGGCUCGGAGAGGGCAGCCUGCUGGAGGAAGAGGUGGCUAACCUCCAGAAGCAACGAGGACAGUUUCUGGAAAAGGCGGACGAAAAGCAAGCUUUCCUAGAGAGCCUUCUAGCACUGUGGCAAAGAUUUGAGAAGGAGAACUCGUCCAUGAAAAGCUGGCUGGACAGGUGUGAGUCUGUUUGUUGUCCUGACACCGACCUGCUCUCCGCAGACAAAGUCAAGAUCAGGAAUGAACUACAAAAUGUACAGGAAAUGCAAGCAGAGACCCAGUCCUAUGAGGUUCUUCUCCAGGGUCUCGUGAACCUUGGACUGUGUCUGUAUCCCACGGCCCCUGAAGCUCGUGUCCAGGAGAUCAGUGAUGUUCUCGCCCGGCUACAGGAGAGAUCCACCUCGGUGAAAGACAGCUUAUCACACAGGUUUGAGUUGCUGGAGUCGCAGUUGUCACAGCUUGAGUUGUUCGAUCAGGCGUUGGUGACUUUGAAUCAGAAGAGUGAAACCUUCCUGUCUGUGCUGAGAAGCUCUUCACAGGUUGAUAUCGCUGAUCUCGAGGCUGCAAUUAAAACGCUGAAGGAGCAGGAGGUGCAGCUACAGGCGUAUGCAUCGCUGAGAGAGACGCUCCAUCAAAGAGAGGCGUCCCUGCUUCGCUCCUCCACCCCAGGAGCCCAACAGCAGCUCCAGGGCUGGAAGGAGGACAGCUUACAGCCCCUCAAAGAAUCCCAGCGUCUCCUACUCCUCCGUAAAGAGAGCCUCACUGAGUUAAAGACUUUCAUCGAUAAGCAUGGCACGGCGGCAGAGGUUGUGCACCGCCUCCAUGAGGCCGUGGAGGGCAGGGGCAGCUGGGACCGCUCCAAGGCCGACGAGCUGCAUCACGGAGUAGGGGAAGUGGCAAAAGACGUGGCUCGGCUUGAGGCCGAGGCUGUCAGGUUAGACGGGCAGCUGAGCAAGGCACACCUGCACCUGAGCGGGGCAGAGUGGGGGGGAUCCGGAGACACAAGCCGUCCUCAAGGAAGGACAUCCUGCAGGGGACAGGCUGUGGCCCUCACAAUGGCUCUGGAGGAAGUGCAGAGGGUUGUUGGGUGGAGACAGAGUGAAGCAGACGCUCUAGGGGCCCUGUGGAGUUCCUUCAGGGAGAGGAGGGAAGAGGUGAUGACGAAUUUGAAGAAACUGGAGGAUGAAGUGAGACAAGAGGGGCCCAGAGAGAGCUCUGUGCAGGCCUUCCAAAACAGGCUGCGUUUCUUCGUCCAGCUGGAGGAUGAGCUCCAGUCCCUGCAGCACUCCCAGCAGUGGUUAGAGGAGAAGGGAAGCCAGCUGGCCCAGAGAGACACUGAGCUGGCUGGGGAGGCUCUCAGGGAGGUAGCCCUGGUGAAGACGGCCUGGGAGAACGUCUGGACUCUGAUCACCAACGGUCAGGAGCAGAGUGGAGUUGUGGUGGAUCUUCUCCGUCAGUUCCACCAGCUGAAGUCCCUCCUCAGCACUGUUGUGGAGAACGCUCAGAGUGUUGCUCACAAUCUGCCCGACCACAACCACAACGCCCAGGAGGCCAAGUGGACUUUCACACGGCACGAGGCAGUCCAAGCCGAGCUCAGAGAGAAGCAGGAGGACAUGGACCAGCUCAUCAGUUCAGCUGAAGACCUGCAGAGAGAGCUGGAGAAGGUCCCCACCUCUGACCCGUGCUGCAUCCAGAGAGACAUGGAGACGUUAAGAAACCAGUGGUUGGAGGUCUCGGAGAGAAUACAAACCAACGCUGAGAGACUCGGCUACUGCGUGGCCCUGUGGGACGACCUCAAGGCCAUGGAGCAGGACAUCAGCCAGUGGACGUCCACCUCCGUCGCUGAGCUGGCAGACAGCGUCACAAACCUCAGUGACAAGGAGGAGACGGAGGCCCAGCUCAACACCUUUCAGGCUGAGGUUGAGAAGAGGGAGCACAAGCUUGAUGUCCUGCAGGAAAGAGUGACAGCGCUGAAGGAGCGAGCCAAACUGCAGGAAACCCCGUUACAAAUUCAGGUCCUGGAGUCAGACCUGCGGAAGAAGAUGGCCCAUGCUCAGGAGGCGUACAACCAGGCCAAACACACUCUGACCUACUUCACUUUCCAAAAGCAGCGACUUGAGGACCUCAUGUCCCAGAUGGCCGAGCGGCUGGAGGCGGUUGAGGGCUCCUUAACUGACCUCACUGAAGCGACCUCCCCUGAAGACAUUGGAACAGUCAAGGACCUGCAGAGCACUGUGCAGCAGCAGAGGGCAGACAUGGACUCGGCUAGAGAUGCCCUGACUGCCCUGUGCAGGUCGCAUCCCUCCCAGGAGCUGUCCCUCCUCUCCUCUGACCUCACCUCCAUCGCCAAGCGAACGGAGGCCGUGGCUCAGCGCUGUGCCAGGACCAGGGGCAACCUGCAAGAUGAGCUGCAGCUUCACUUCAACGAGCUGGUCCAGGGCUUCCACUCCUGGCUGGCAGAUCUAAAGUUGGAGCUGAAAGAAUGUUCAAACCAUUCAGGAGAUGUUGCCGUCCUCGGAUCCAAGUUACACAGGAUCAAGGUGUCAGUCGAGCAGACGACAGAGCACGAGGAGCGUCUCCUUCAGGUUUGUGAGGAGGCCGAGAGGCUGCAACUCCACCUGCCCAAAGCUGGAGCGGCACAGGUCCAAGAGCAUCUCUCCUCCUGCAAGAGGGAGUGGAGGAACUACCUGAGCAGCUGUUCUCAGAGCCGACGAGACUUGGAGGAGACUAUUGAUCUUCUGAAAAACUUUGAUAAUUGUGUGGAGGGUAUAAGAGAUUGGCUGAAGCAGAUGGAGCUCAGCCUCAAGAGAGAGCCUGUUUUUGGGGAGGAGAGCCAGCACGGAGCCCCUGACACCACUGAAGAGCUGGAGAGGAUGGAAAGCCUCCAUAAGGAGCUUCUAGCAAGAAGGGUCUCCAUUGAGCGUGUCUGCCAGGAGGCCCAGUCUCUGUCUGAAGCAGGCCGUGGGUCAGGAGGAGAGGUCAGAGUGACAGGCCAGCUCCAGAUGGAGCUCCAAGCUCUGCUGAAGGCAGCCAGGGAGAAGCUGCGAGGCUGCCAGGAGAGUCAGGCCUUUGGAGAGACACUCCAGGGAGUUUGGGCCUGGCUGGAGGAGAUCCAGGAGAGACUGGGUACAGUAGACAGCACGAUGGGGACCAAAGAGCAGUUGGAGCAGAGGCUGGAGACCGUGCAGGACAUCCUGCUUUUGAAGGGUGAGGGGGAAGUCAAGCUGAAUAUGGCGAUGGGUAAGUGUGAGUUGGCCCUGCGCAGCUAUGGGGCAGCCGGACAGGAAGUGGUCCGCUCUCAGCUUCAGGAAGUGGAGGACGCCUGGGCCACGUUGCUUGUGACCGCCAUGAGCUGCCACAGUCGACUGGAGUGGACUGUGACACAGUGGGGGGGAUACCUGGACAGUGCUGCCCAGCUGCGCUGCUGGAUGGAGGCUGUCGAGCGGGAGGUGGGCGGCCCUCUCAAUCCACAGCCUGGGCCCAGGGAGAAGGCCUCUCAGCUCGAGAGACUCCGAGCCCUGCUGGCCGACCUGGAAGACCACCAGGCAGCACUUACCAGCCUGGAGGAGAAAGCCAGGGAACUUUUCAAGAAGACUGGUGACGCCAGCUUCAACCACGGCGCUCGAACGCAGCCGCAGGCGCAGUUUGACGACCUCACGGCUUUGGUGGAGGAGAGAGUGCGUCUUGCGCAGGCCGUUGUGUUGGAACACCAAGAAUACCUGGAGGCCGUGAGGGAGCUCACCGAUUGGCUGAUGACUGCAGGAGAGGAGCUGCAGCAUUGGUCUGACACAUCAGGAGACUCUUCCUGUAUCAAAAUUAAACUGUCCGAAGUGAGGGAGCGCGUGGAGUGUCGGUUACUGGAGGGCCGAGAGCGCCUCAGCCGAGUGCGUCGGAGUGCGGCGACCACGGCGGAGCACACAGCAGCGGGGGGCUGCGAGGCCAUGGACCGCCAGCUGGGGGCGCUGUCGCAGGCUCUGGAGCAGUGGGAGGGGGCCGCCCUGAGGGCCCGGGACGGCCUGGAAGGGGCCCUGGCGGCUGCCGCGGCUUCGGAGGAGGCGUACGACCGCCUGACCGCUCGGCUGGAGGAUGAGUUGAAAGAGUUUGACGGACGGCUGAGGGGGUGGAGCCAGGAGCUGAUGAAAGCCGAGGGGCGGAGCAACGGCGAGGAAGCAGUGGAUGGAUGGCAGCUGGCGAAGGAUACACUGGAGGGUUUGCAGAGCGCAGAGCCGAUGGCGGAGAAGUUGAAAGUCCAGCUGAACGACCUGGUGCGAUACUCCAGAGACCUGGGAUCCCAGUCGGACCGAGUCACAGCGGUGAUCAAGCAGCACAACAGUCUCAGUCUGCGAGCCUCCAGAGAAUGUCAGAACAAGGAGCGCUUGUUGGAGCAGCGGUUCCGCACGGCCCUGAGGGAUUUCCAGCAGUGGUUGGUCAACGCAAAAAUCAGCACCGCCAAAUGCUUUGAUGUGCCCCAGAGUGUCACAGAGGCCUCCGUGGCUCUGCAGAGGAUCCAGGAGUUCCUGAGUGACAGGGAACAUGGCCAGGCCAGGCUGAGUACAGUCGGAGCCAGUGGGGAGCUGUUGAUGGCCGUGGUGUCCAGAGAGAGAGUGGAGGGGCUCAAGGCCAAAGUGGCAAACGCGCGGGACGACUGGAAGAGCCUGAUGAAUAACCUGCAGAUGAGGGAGGAGGCACUUAAGAACCUGCAGUCCCAGAUGACGGAGUUCGAGGCCAGUGCUGAACCUCUGCAGGAUUGGCUCAACAGCACAGAGGUCAGAGUUCAGGAGAGCAGCGCUCGGCUCCACGACCUUCCAGCCAAGAAGCAGGAGCUCAGCAAACUCCAGUGUGUUCUGGAAGAGAUAGCCAGUCAGGAGGCAGAGCUGGGCAGGCUGAGGGAAAGCGCCCAUCGUCUCUGGGAGGGACAAGCAGCUGGAAAGGGCUUCGUCCACCGUGUUUCCCAGUUGUCAGCCCAGUACCUAGCCCUCAGCAACCUAACCAAGGACAAAGCCUCCAGGAUUGAACGAAUCGUAGGGGAACACCGCCUCUUCUCUCAGGGUCUUAAGGAGCUGCAGGAUUGGGUGUGUGAAGCUCAGAGGGUCCUGAGCACCUGCAUCUCCGCCACCACUGACAAGGGCGUGUUGGAGGACCGGAUGUUACAGCUGGAGGCCUUACUCUCUGCUCGCCAGGAGAGAGAGAUCCAGAUGAAGAUGCUGCUGACGCGGGGAGAAGCGGUCCAGAGGAACACUUCUGCCGAGGGCGUCCCGGUGAUUCGCAAACAGAUCCAGGACCUCAAGGACUCGUGGGAUUCCCUGCUCUCCGCCUCCAUUCAGUGCAAAAGUCAACUGGAGGGCGCUCUGUCGCAGUGGACCAGCUAUCAGGAGGACGUGGGUCAGUUUGUGUUGUGGAUGGACCGUGUGGAGGAGACACUGAGCUGCUCGGACAGACAGUACUCGGAGAUGAGAGACAAGACCGCAAACCUGGGGAAGACCAAGCUCCUCUAUGAGGAAGUACUGAGCCACAACAGUCCUCUGGAGACCAUUGCCACAAAGGGGUCCAACAUGGCUGAACACUACACUACCCAGCAGGAAGUGCAGCAGCUGCAGUGUCGAUACAGCGCUCUGAAAGAAAAGGCCAAGAAUGCAGUCGCUAAGGCCAAGAGUCUGGUGCUGGUCCACCAGGAAUAUCAAAGGGAGCUACAUGUGUUUGAAGACUGGCUGGAGCAGGAACAGGCUUCUCUGGCCUCCUUGACCCACCGAGAGGGAAACGGGGAUACAAUAGAGAACACACUGCAACAGCUACAGCUCCUACAGGAUCACUGCUCACACGGCCAGUCGCUGCUCUCCUCCGUGCUGACCAGCAGAGAGAGGGUAAUCCCCUGGGGAAUCCCACAGAUCGAGGACCGAGCCCUGGACACUGCUCAGAGAGAGUGGGGGGCCUACCAGGGUCGCCUGGAGGAGACUCAGGCCCAGCUGAGGGCGACGCUGACCCGACUGAGGCAGAUGGGCCAAAGGUUCCUGAGCCUGGCCCAGUGGCUGGAGGAGCUGGAGAAGAUGGCGAACCUCAGACGUCAUCGGAGGUCGGACAGAGCCAAAAAAGAGACUCAGCUGAAGAAACUCCAGGGCUGUCUGGAGGCAGUGCUUGGGCGGCAGGGAGAAGUCGACGGCCUCUCCUCUCUGGCCCAGCAGGUUCUGGAUGAAACCUACAUCAGCAGUCGUGUUAGUGUCACUGCCACUCAGCUCACCGCCCGCUACCACUCGCUGCUGCUCAACAUUCAGGACACCAUCAAGCAGCUGCAGGAGGAGCUGAGGAGCAUUGAAGAGGCAGAAAAUCUUUGCCUGUCGUUCACCGACUGGCUCAACUCGACCCAGAAAGGCUUCACGCUGUUGACUGAUGCUUCUGAACCUCUGGACCGAGUCGCCAUGGAGAAGAAGCUGAAGAAACUAGAGGCUCUCCAGUCAGAGCUCCAGCACGGCCACAGCUUCCUGAAAUCCCUGAGGGAGCGGGCGGAACAGGCAGCCGGCUUCCUGGACGAGACGGGAGCUGAGAGUUUGGGAGGGGAGGUGGAGGGUCGCCUUGCCCAGCUGGAGGAGCUCGCAGGCGGGCUGAGGCAGGAGCACAGCUUUCUAGAUCGGGCCUUACUCCUCGCUAAGGAGUUCCAGGACCGGUACAAGGGACAGGCCCAGUGGCUGGUGGAGACACGAGCUGUGCUCAAAACCCCGGUGGAGCCCAAAGCUGAACUGUACCAGCGGAGAGCGCAGCUGGCUAAAUAUAAAGCUCUGCUGCAGAUGGUUCAGUCCCACGAUGGAUCCGUCAGGUCAGUGGCGGAGAAGGGAGACGCUCUGCUGGCUUCGGUCCACUACCCCUCCAUCAGGGACAAAAUGAACAAACUGCAAAGAGACUACACUGAACUCUGCAGAAGAGCCACGGCACAUGUGGAGAAUCUGGACGGCCAGGUGAAGGAACAGGAAGCCUACCACAACGAACUGCAGGAGGUGGAGCGCUGGCUGCUGCAGAUGUCCAGCAGGAUGGUGACUCCUGAUCCCAGUGUCGGGGGCAACCUGGAGGCAGCCACUCAACAGCUGGCCAGACACAAGGCCAUCAUGGAGGAGAUAGCGGGCUUUGAGGAUCGCCUGGCAGGCCUGAAGGAGCGGGGGGACCACCUGGUAAAAGGCUGCAGUGACCGUGUGCAGAGCCGGCUGAGACAGCAGGUCCAGGCUCACCAGCAAGGCACCAGAGACAGCUACUCUGCCAUCUGUAGCACAGCGCAGCGAGUUUAUCAGAGUCUGGACCAUGAGUUACAGAGACACGUGAGUCUCCAGGACACGUUGCAGCAGUGCCAGACGUGGAUCACAUCUGUUUCAGAACAACCAGAACCUCCUGCACAUACUUCUCUCAGCCUGGAGGAGGCGCUACAGCAGGUGAAACACGAGCGAGCUCUCGGGGAGCAGGCCAACACUUACCUCCAACUCCUGUGCUCAACCUGUGACCUGUCAGAGCCAAGGGUCAGGAAAACUGCAGGCUCCAUCCAGGAGGUCAAACUGCAGAAUGAGGAUCGUAUGCUGCUUUUUGAGGAGGUAGCAGACAGCUGGAGGGACGUUGAGGAGCAGAAGGCAGAUCUGGAGAUCCAGCUGAGAGAGACAGAGCAGCAACUUCAGACCCUCAUCAGGAGACCUGCAGAGCUGGAGCCCAAGAUUGCCCAAAACCAGUUGGAUAAAGCACAGGAGUUCCUGCAGCAGAUCAAGGAGAGACAGUCGGAGGUAACCCAUUUGAAUGAAGCCAUUGGUAGGCUGACAGAUGGACAGGUCUCUCCUGCCCUGGAGGAGAUAAGGAGACUUAGGAGAGGCUGGAUGGACCUAGGCCAGCGGGCUGAGGAGCUGGAGGCUCAGCGGGGGGAGGACAUGCAGCGAAGCGGGGAGUACCAGGAGAGCGUAGUAGCUGUGGAGGAACUCUUCCACCAAGUAUCCAGGGAAUGGGACUACCUCGCCAGGGCUGACACAGAAAGUACAAGUGAGCAUCUAGAGGCUCUCAAGAAGUUGUCCAGUGACCUGGGGGAGCAGAGAGCAACUCUAGAAGAUGUCAGAGACCAGAGACAAGCUAUUCUGCCUCGACUUAGCCUGCUAGACAAAGAGCUGGUCAAGCAACAGGUGGGUCACCUGGAGCAGCGCUGGGCCCAGCUCGAAUCCCUGAUUCAGCAGAAGAUCCAGGAUUCUGCACAAACACUGGAGGAUCUGGCUCGGGUGGAAACCCAGCUGAGGGAUGCCCGGGAGUGGGUGGAGGAGCAGCGGCCUGCGCUUACAUCUGCGUUGAAAAACAGCCCUCCCCCCGACAUGGCCCAGAGUUUUCUGUUUGACCACUUGAGUGUAUGCGUGGAACUUGAGGCCCGUCAGCAGCUGCUGGGUCAGGCAGUGAGCGAAGCCCAAGCUGUGACGUCCAGGCUGGGGCUGAGUGAGAAGAGAGGCCUUCAAGGGCUUGUUGAACAAGCCCAGACUGAGGUGGAGACUCUGGGGGCUCGGGUGGCCCAAAGGAGGAAGUACCUCAGUAAGGCCUUCACAGAGAGGACACAGUUCCUACAAGGAUUGGGGAGAGCACUGACCUGGGUACAGCAACAGGAGAGGAAGGCUUUGAUCGAUGACCACAUAGCACUUCUCCCAGAGGACCUGGCCAAACAGGUCGCUGCAUGUCGGAGCGUCCAGAGUGGUUUACGAGCUUACCAGAGGGAGCUGACAUCUCUCUGGGUACAAGGGCGAGAGCUGGAGAGAGACGCCACCGAUAAGGAAAGAACAGAAACCCUGGCAAGACUUGAUGAAUUACAGUCAGUCUUUGAAACGGCCCUCGAGAGGACCACUCACCGUCUCACGGACCUAGAAAAAGCCUUAACCUCUCGGAAGUACUUUCAGGUUGACCUGGACAAGACUUGCCACUGGUUGAGACAAGCAGAGGCCAUCACCUUCCCGGAAAUCAAUCUAAGCAACAUUGCUGAAAACUCCGAAUUACAAACACAUCUGUCUAACUUUCAAAAUGUCCUAGAACAAGCUUCAGAAUAUGAGAACCUCCUGCUUAUCGUCCAAAGAAUAGGCCAGGAGAUCCUUCGUACUCUAAAUGAGAUUGACCAUUGCUACCUAGAUGAGAGGCUCAAUGUCCUGCCUCAGCAGUACAACGCCAUCCUAGCUCUAGCCAAAGAGAAGAAAGACAGAGUCCAACAAAUAGUCCUGGAAAGAAAAGAGUUCAGCACUUUCUUUGAUAUCACUCGUAAUGCACUGGAGGAGCUACAGGAGCAGUUUGACAAUCUGGAGAAUCAGACUAUCAGUGUUGGAGAGGAGGAGGUUGUUCGUCUAAUCAAUGAACACAGGAAUAUUAAAGAGAGUUUAUUCCACAUUAGUCCCGCUGUGAGAGAACUUCAUGGGAAAACUGAGGGAUUCCUGUGCAGAGGUCAGCGUUACAGAGCUGAAGAGACCCAGCAGCUGAUCUGUCUCCAUGACACACUGAAGACGAGGAACGAUCAGAAAAUUCAACACUUGGAGAACUGCUUGAGAGUUCGAGUCGAACACAACAGAGUAUUUAAUGAUACGGACUUGGAGUUGAAGUCUGUAAAAGAGAAUCUGGUCAGACUGAAGUCAGAAAAAGACGUAGGUGCCACAGAUAAAAUCACGAGUCUCUAUUCGCUGCUAGAAAGACUGGACGGUGUGAUCUUUCAGACUGAAGAAUGUAACCAUCAAACUGAAGGCCUUGGACUGAAGUUUGAACCCACUGCCUUUCAAGAAGCGACAUCGCAGCGUGAGUCACUGCGGUCGUUACGGACUGAGCUGAAAUGUUUCGUCUGCGAGAGUGAAACCAAAGUCACGAAAAAGGAGGAUUUCACAAGAGAGACUGAGAAAACGCUUCAGUGGCUGAAGACUAUCAAGGAGAAAUUGGAGGAGCCAUUGACCUUGUCAGAGGUCAAAGUGGAGAGGGUGCAGGAGGAAGUGCGCACACUGAAAAUCAUAGAGGAGGAAGUGGGAAGUAGAUUGAGGAUGACGGAAGCCUUGGGGAGCAGAGAAAAGCAGAGGUACUGUAGUAGAAAAGAAACAGUGCCAGCCCACGUGGAAAAGAAACUGCAGGAGGUGGAAGUGUUGGGAGCUGGAGUUCUGGAAGAAGUUAGAAAGAAACAGCUGGCUGCGGAUCAAGCUGUUUCCCUGGUCCAGAGGCACCAAUUAUCUCUGCAGACCUUGCAGAAAUGGCUGGACUCUGCUGCAGCUUUGCUCCUGAGGGCCAGCUCAGGGCUGGAGCUGGAGAAGCAGACAGAUUGCGUGCGGGACCUGGAAGAGAUCUCAGCCGAGGAAAAGAGUUUCACCGUCGCUUUAGAGGAGCUGAGGACUCUGGAUCCUCUGCUGGUGGAUUUAACGGAACCAGGAGGGCGGAGUGGAGAAAAAGAUGCAGAGAAGAUGCAGCUGAAAAACACAGAAGUCAAACAUCAACUGGAUUCUUAUAGAGAAGUGUUGCAAAGGUGUGCUGUUCUUUGGAGCUCCUUCCAGCAUGAGCGGGAGUUGCUGGUCGCACAGAUGAACGAUGCAGAGAGCAAGAUGGCCUUGUUCACCACAGCCAAAGCCACCAGCAGCCAGCAGGCGGAGGACAAGUGUCAGAGAAACAAGUCUCUGGAGGAUCACAUCGACCUGCUGGAGGUGCCUCUAAGUGCUUUGAAGGAGAAUGCCGCAGAGUUAGAGACGAUCGUUUCCGAGUCCAGCAGAAGUGUCACCAGCCACUCGGUGUCAUCGCUAGUGCAACGGUGGAGCAGGCUGCGCAGUGUGGCCCGGGCCCAGGAGAGGGCGCUGGAGGACACCGCCAGGGAGUGGAGGAGCUUUACAGAGAAGAUGGAGAAGGUGCGCUCCGUGUCCAAUGACCUCCACACGCGUGUCCCGGACAGCACGGUGGAGAAGGCUUCCACCAGGACGGCGCUCCAGAGCCUCCUGGAGUACCAUGACUCCUUCAGCCAGGAGGUGGAGAGAGAGCAGUCCAUCCUGGCCCUGCUUGGGCAACACACCCGCAGCCUCAGAGGAGAGGAGGAGGAGGAGGAGGAGGACAAGCAGGAGGUGGAGGUGGAGAAAAAGACAGAGAAUGGACAGGAGGAGACACCGUGCCUACAAGAGAUCAGAAGUUUGCAGGGGCAGUAUGACAAUCUUUUGCUGAGGGUGAAGAUGAGUAGAGCUCAGGUGCAUCAGGAGCUGAGGGAAAGAGAGGAUGUUGAAAAGGAGCUGGGUUUGGUCAAAGGAUGGAUCCAGGACACUCGUGGCUUACUGCUGAGUCCGACUGCAGACCUGGAUUCACUGCUCCAAGAGCUAGAGACUGCACACGGUGAGGUCAUCAGCAGGCGUCAGAGUGUGGAGCGGAUGACCGAGCUGCAGCAGUCCAAGUACCACGACCUCCAGGCUGGUCUGCCCUCUGAGCUCAGCAUGCAGCUGGCCGAGGUGGCUCUGGCUCUGGGCUCCGCUGAAGACCAGGUCCAAGCCCGGGAGAGGGAGGUGCAGCAGACCAGAGAUGUGAAAGAGGACUUCAGCUCCCGACUCCAGGACAUCGAAGCGAAGCUGAAGACCAUCGCUCUGAAACUGGAAGACAAGAGUGCCGACCUGGAGGAGGCCAAAGAAGAGACCAAAGUUCUUUGUGAAGAGUGUGAGUCCUGCUCUCGCUCUCUGGCAGAGCUGGGGUUAGCGGUGCAGGAGUUCGGGGAGCAGAACCCUCUGCUGUGUAAGCAGCUCGGCGAUGCUGUGGCCAAACUGACAGAGGUGCAGCGGCACACCACACAGCAGGUCCAGGACAGAGCCAACAGACUGAAGAAGGCAGAGAGACAGGUGGAUGAAUAUCAGGGAAUGAAGGCGUUCAUUUUGGGCUGGACAGAAAAAGCAGAAGUUCUGGUCACUGGUAACAUCAUCUGGAGCUCAGCUUCACAGCUGCAGGAGCAGAUUCGAGCACAUCAGGCUCUGCUGCGGGAGUGCCGGGGUCUCCAUGGGGACCUGGAGGCCAUGGGGGAAAGGGAGGGGCAUCUGGGGGAGGUGCUGCAGACGGAGGGGUGGAGCCUGCAGGUGAACCACCUCAGCAGACGCACGGAGGAGCUGCAGCAAACGGCCAAGACUCGUCUGCAGAGUUUGCAGGACGCAGCGAAGGACAUGUUGCGUCUGGAGGCAGAAGUCAAGAACCUCCACUCGGCUGUGGACCAGAUCCAGGUCACGCUCGCUUCGCCUGACCUCAACAGACUCAGCCUCAGAGAGCAGCUCACACAGAGACAGCGUCUGUUGGUGGAAAUGGAGGGCUUCAAGCAGCAGGUGGCGGCAUUGCAGCGGUGUCAGAGCGCCCUCCGGCUUCCAGAGGAGGUAGUGGCCAGUCUGCCGACCUGCCGCACAGCUCAGACUCUGCAGCAAGAGGCCAGCCAACUGCAGCACACCACCAUCCAACAGUGCAACAUCCUGCAGGAGGCUGUGGUGCAGUAUGAGCAGUACGAACAGGAAGUGAAGAACCUCCAGAGAUUGAUAGAAGAAGCCCACCGCAUCAUUCAAGACCGGCCCGUCUCCACCAAUAACAUUCAGGAACUUCAGGCUCAGAUACACCACCAUGAGGAGCUGGCCCAGAAGAUCCGUGGCUACCAGGAGCAGAUCGCCUCGCUCCACUCCAAGUGCAAGAUGCUGACGGUGAAGGCCAAACACGCCACCAUGCUGCUGACGGUCACCGAGGUGGACGGCCUGUCGGACGGCAUGGACGAGCUGAGUGAUGAGGAGCUGCCCGGCGCCGGGGCAACCGCCAACAAGCAGCUUCCUGCACACCCCUCUGUCGUCAUGGGUCGAGGCACUUUAAGCCGAGCGCCCCUCCAGGAGCUGUAUGACCCAUCCAUGGAGUCGAGCGCUGCCAACCUGGAUGACCUGCAGAGAUCCUGGGAAACACUCAAGAAUGUGAUCAGCGAGAAGCAGAAGAGUCUGUACGAGGCUCUGGAGCGGCAGCAGCACUACCAGGAGUCCCUCCAGUCCAUCUCCACUAAGAUGGAGUCCAUCGAGGGGGCGCUCAACGAGGGGCUGGAGCCCAGCAAGAGCCCCGAGAGCCAGAUGGCUGCACAUCAGGCUCUGAUGGAUGAGAUCUUGAUGCUGCAGGACGAGAUCGGAGAGUUGCAGACAUGUUUCUCUGAGGAGCUGGCGGACAGCGACAGUGACGGGGAGCCCGGAGACCAACUGGCGCUCCUGUCUACUCUUACUGUCCUGGGGGAGAGGAUGGCCACCAUUCGAAUGAAGGCCUCGGGAAAACGGCAGCUGCUGGAUGAGCGACUGAGCGAACAGCUAGAGGAGCAGCGACAGGAGCAGGCGCUGCAGCGUUACCACAUCGAGGCCGAGGAGCUGGACCACUGGCUGCUCAGCACUCGUGCCACGCUCAGCUCUGCGCUUCAGCUCCAGAACAAAGACCUGGACAUGGAGGAGCAGCUCAUCGACUGUCAGAACAUGCUGUUUGAGAUCGAGCAGAAGGUGUCGUACUUGUCGGAGCUGUCCGUGCACAGUGAGAGUCUGCUGAUGGAGGGCCGGGGGGAGACCAAGGGGGAGGCGGAGCAGCUCACCUUCAAACUGCACUCCCUCAAAGACAGCCUCUUGGAGCUGCAGCAGAUGCUACAGGACAAACAGGUGGACAUCCAGGGUUCAUUGCAGGAGCAGGAGGACAGUGAGCCGGACUCAUCUCUGUCCCAGAGUCCUAAUGUCCAGGAUUGGUUGUCUCAGGCCCGGUCGACACGCACGCAGCAACAACACGACAACCUGCUGCGGCAGAGAGAGCUACAGAUUCAGGUCGCUGAACAGAGGCGGCUGCUUCAGUCUGUGGCAAGUGUUGGGGAAGAGUUACUCAACCAACAGACCACACCCAACGGGGACAGCGAGGUGUCCAUCCCAGGGGGAAUGUUGCUGGAGACGGAGAUGUUGUCUCCGUUGGAUCAGCUGAGGCAGCGCUGGGAAAACCUGAAUAAAGAUCAGAGCACGAAGCUGCAGCUCUCUCUUAACACCCUGGAACAGGACCAACUCAGUCCGGUCGUCCACCGGUCCCGUCUGUCCAGUCCCAGUAUGGUGUUCAGAGGCGAGUCGGGGGGCCAGGACUCUCACUCUCCCAGAGCUCUGUUUGAGGUCUGCAGCCAGACUCUGGAGAGAAUCGCCCAAGAGGCUGCGGGUAGUGACAGUAAACUGGCAGUGUCUAUUGGAGGGGUGACAGUCCAGCAGGAUCUGUAUAGUGCAGUUUCAGGAGCCUCUUUCUGGCUGGAUGCUGCAGAGAAUCAGCUGCUGUCUGGUCCUGUGCUGCUACUCGAGGACACAGAGACGCAGCUCAACAGUCUAGAGGGUUUGAAUAAACAGCUGAAGGAGAUGACCAGGGAGGUGAACCAGUGCAGAGACCUGCUGGGCGGAGGAGCAGGCCGGCUGUGUGGAGUCGAGGAGCAGGCGCUGAUGGAGGACACCCUGGAGGGUCUGCAGGAGAGGAUGGGCCUGCUGGACUCCACCCUGGAGCAGCACUGCGACACCAUGAGAGACAGGCUGCAGGAACACUCAUCUUUCCAGAACGAACUGAGGAGGCUGUUCACGGCUCUGAGUGAGAGUAAACACCAGCUGCUGCAAAAGAUGGCGGGAAGUGCAGACAGGCCUGCAUCCAAACAGAUCGAGGCGUUAUCAGAAGUGGAGGACAGUCUGAGGGAGUUUGAGCAGAGAGUGAGUGAGCUGAAGACCAGGGCAGAAGGACUCCAGUCUGAACAAACCUCUAAUCAGGAACUACUCAAACUACAGGAUGCCUACGAGGAGCUGGUGCUGAUGGUGGGCUCCAGACGUAGCAGCCUUAACCACGGCCUGUCCCUCAAGGCCCAGUAUGAGGCUGCACUUCAUGACCUCACUGACCUGGUGGACACCGCUCAGGACAAGAUGGCUGCUGACCAGAAGAUGACAGUGGCCUCCGUCAUAGAGGUCAAGAUGUUACUGGACAAACACAAAGAGUUCUUUCAGGGUCUGGAAUGCCAUAUGAUCCUCACCCAGACGUUUUACAGUAAAGUGUCCAGUCUGGUGGCACCGAGGGAGAGCCAGGCCCUGGAGGAGACCAUGGCUUUAGCCCAUAAUGUGCUCAAACAGGCCCACAGGAGGGGAGUGGAGCUGGAGGGCAUAUUGGAGUCAUGGAGCAGGCUUGUUGAAGACUACCAGGCUCUGUGUAGACAGCUGGAGGCUGUGGAGUGUAGCAUCCCCACUGUGGGUCUGGUAGAGGAGACAGAGGAGAGACUCGCUGAAAGGAUCAGUCUCUAUCAGCGUCUGAAGGCCAGCCUGACAGAGCAUCAGCCCCAGCUCUACAAGGUUCUGGAGGAGGGCAAGAGGCUUCUGCUUUCUGUUGGCUGCUCAGACUUGGAGAACCAGCUCACACAACUUGGAGAACACUGGCUCUGCUCCACCACCAAGGUCAACAAGGAGCUGCACCGCCUCGGCUCGACGCUCAAACACUGGAGCAGGUACCAGAGUGAGUCGGCAGAGUUGAGCCACUGGUUGCAGUCGGCCCUGGACCGGCUCGAGUUCUGGACAGCCCAGUCAGUGACAGUGCCUCAGGAGCUGGAGACUGUCAGAGACCACCUCUAUGCCUUCCUGGAGUUUUCCAAGGAGGUGGAUGCCAAAUCGUCUCUGCGUUCUUCUGUGCUAAGCACGGGCAACCAGCUUCUGCGAUUGAAAAGAGUAGAUACCGCUGGUCUGAGGACAGCGCUGGGCCACAUCGACACUCAAUGGGCUGAGCUGCUGACUCAUAUUCCUGUUGUACAAGAGAAGCUACACCAGCUGCAGAUGGAGAAGCUGGCCUCUCGACACGCCAUCACAGAGCUGAUGAGCUGGAUCUCUCUCAUGGAGAACAUCAUAGACAUGGACCAGGAUAAGAUCAUGGGAGCGGUCGGCUCGGAGGUGGUCCAGAACUUCUUGCAGAAGUAUAAGGGUUUCCGCAUCGAUCUGACGUGUAAGCAGCUGACUGUCGACUUUGUGAACCAGUCUGUGCUGCAGAUCAGCAGUCAGGACGUGGAGGGGAAGCGUAGUGACAAAACCGACUUUGCUGAGAAUCUGGGAGCCAUGAAUAAAAGGUGGCAGAUCCUGCAGGGACUUAUUUCUGUAAAGAUUCAGCUAUUGGAAGGACUUUUGGAAGGUUGGUCGGAGCAUGAAAACGGAGUCCAGGCUCUGAAAACCUGGCUCACACUCCAGGAGGAGAAACUAAAGAAGAGACACAGGAUAGAGGAUGUAGCAUCGGUGCAGAAUGCACUGAAAGACUGUCAGGAGCUGGAAGAAUUGGUGAAGGAGAAAGAGAAGGAUCUAGAGAAAGCAGAGGAACGAGGAAACGCUCUCAUCCGGGAUAAGAAAGGAGCAGCUUGUUCUGUCGUCAAGGAGACCCUCAAAGGACUGAACCAGUCCUGGGCUCACUUGGACCACAUGAUAAGUCAGAUGAAGGUCAGUCUGCGGUCAGUGCUGGAGCAGUGGACGCUGUAUCGGAGAGCCUCAGAGGAGAUCAUUGGUUACCUGAUGGAGGGGAUCUACUCGGUGUCCAGGCUGCGCCUCCUGAACGGGUCUCUAGAGGCAGUGCAGCAGCAGGUGGAGAACUUGAAGAACCUGCAGGAGGAGAUGGACAAACAGGAGAGCAGUCUGAGGAAAUUUGGCUCUGUAACACACCAGCUACUGACAGAGUGCCACCCGUCUGUGGCUGAAACACUCAACAGGGCCCUGCGGGAUGUCAACAUGAGGUGGAACCGCCUGUUGGAGCAGAUCUCAGAGCAGCUGAGGAGCAGUAAGGCCUUGUUGGGCCUGUGGCAACGUUACAGGACAUCGUACGGCCAAUGUGUGGCAGCAGUUCAGAAACAGGAAGGGCACGCUGAUCGCUUGAUGAAGAGUGCCACAGAUAAGGAGAUCUCAGAGGAGGAGAGCAGUGCCUGGAUAAAGGACUGCGAUGUUUGCCUUGGCGACCAGGCUUCGGUGCAGGAGUCGCUCCAGAAGCUGCAGGCUUUAGGGGAACAGCUGAAGAGCCAAGUCGACGCCUCCUCCGCUGCAGCCCUCCAGUCAGAUCACCUCUUACUCACACAUCGUCUGGCCACGCUGGAGCACGCCCUUCACAGGCAGCAGGAAGUACUGCAGUCCGGAUCUCAGUCCUGUGACAGUUUCAGAGAGCAGUUGGAAACACUGAUGCAAAACAGUGAGGAGGCUGCGGCGGUGCUGAAGGAGUCGGACACGGUCGGCUCGCCGGAUCUCAGCGUGGUCCAGUCACGUAUGGAAAAACUGAAGGUUCACCUGUUGAAGUUGAGCAGUCUGUCUCCUGACCUGGAGCGGGUGAACGAGCUGGUGUACAGAUUACCAGUCAGUGACAGGGAUGUCAAACAGCUGCAGAGUCUCAACCGAGCCUGGGCCGCUCACUGCGCUCACCUCACUGAGAGGUUCAGUAAGCUCCAGGCGGUUCUGCUCCAGGAGCAGAGCUUCCUGCAGAAGUGCGAGGCAUGGAUGGACUUCCUGUCUCAGACCGAGCUGAAGCUGGCCGCAGAGAUUUCAGGCAAUAGUCAGAGUCUGCUGGAGCAGCAGCGAGACCACGAGUUGUUCCAGGCAGAAAUGUUUAGCAGGCAACAGAUUCUCUACUCCAUCAUCAGUGACGGUCAUCGUAUGUUGGACCAGGGACUAACGGAUGACAGAGACGACUUCAGCGUGAAACUGGCCUUACUGAGCAACCAGUGGCAGUGCAUAGUGCGGCGGGCCCAGCAGCGGAGAGGCAUCAUCGAUAGCCUGGUCCGCCAGUGGCAGAACUACCGGGAGAUGGCGGAGAAGCUGCAGCGGUGGCUCCAGGAAGUCACCCAUGAUUCAGAUGUUCAACAACCAGGAGAGGCGGUGGCCCUGCAGCAGGCCAGAAACCUGUUAGAUCAGAUACAGCUGAGGGAGCGAGUGCUGCAGAGGCAGCAGGGCGGAUACAUCCUCACGGUGGAGGCCGGCAGGAGCCUGCUGCUCUCGGCCGACGCCAGGGCGGAGUCCACCCUGCAGACUGAGCUGAUGGAGAUUCAGGAGAGGUGGAGGCACGCCCACCACCGCCUGGAUCAGCAGAGGAGGGCGCUACACAGCCUGCUCAAGAACUGGGAGCGAUGUGAGAAAGGCAUAGAUGCGUCACUGGAGAAGCUGCGGGCCUUCAAGAGGAAGCUGUCUCUGCCACUGCCUGAUCACCAUGAGGAGCUACACUCAGAGCAAAUCAGAUGCAAGGAGCUGGGGAGCAGUGUGGAGGGCUGGACCGACGACCUCACCUCCAUGUUCCUGCUGAGGGACUCCUUGGAGGGCGGGGUUAGUGCCGAUGACAUCACAGUCCUACAGGAACGCCUCCAGCUGCUACAGUGCCAGUGGGAGGAGGUCUGCCACCAGCUCUCCCUGCGCAAACAGCAAGUGAGCGAGAAGCUGAACGAGUGGGUCGUGUUCAAUGAGAAGAACAAGGAGCUGUGCGAGUGGCUCACGCAGAUGGAGAGCAGGGUCUCUCAGAAUGGAGACAUCAGCAUCGAGGAGAUGAUCGAAAAACUGCGCAAGGAUUAUCAGGAGGAGAUCGGCGUCGCUCAGGAGAACAAGCAGCAGCUGCAGGUCAUGGGCGAGCGCCUGGCCAGGUCCAGCCAGGACAGCAAGGCGGCGGAGAUCCAACACAAACUCAGCAAGGUCGGCGAGCGCUGGCAACACCUGCUGGACCUGAUCGCUGCCAGGGUCAAGAAGCUGAGGGAGACCUUGGUGGCGGUGCAGCAGUUAGAUAAAAACAUGAGCAGCUUGCGAUCCUGGCUGGCUCACAUCGAGACGGAGCUGUCCAGGCCCAUCGUCUACGACACGUGUGACGACCAGGAGAUCCAGAGGAAACUCAACCAGCAGCAGGAGCUGCAGAGGGACAUAGAGAAACACAGCACGGGUGUGGCGUCCGUGCUGAACCUGUGUGAAGUUCUGCUCCACGACUGCGACGCCUGCUCCACGGAGACAGAGUGCGACUCCAUCCAGCAGGCGACCAGAGGGCUGGACCGACGCUGGAGGAACAUCUGCGCCAUGUCCAUGGAGAGGAGGCUCAAGAUUGAGGAGACGUGGAGGUUGUGGCAGAAGUUCCUGGAUGAUUACUCCAGGUUUGAGGAAUGGCUGAAGACCUCAGAAAGAACAGCAGCUCUGCCCAACUCCUCUGGAGUUCUUUAUACUGUCGCUAAGGAGGAGCUGAAGAAGUUUGAGGCCUUCCAGCGUCAGGUGCAGGAGUGUCUGACCCAACUGGAGCUCAUCAACAAACAGUACCGUCGUCUGGCCCGCGAGAACCGCACAGACUCCUCCUGCUGCCUCCGAGGAAUGGUGCAUGAUGGGAACAAGCGGUGGGAUAACCUGCAGAAGAGGGUGGCUGCCAUCCUACGCAGACUCAGGCACUUCAUCAGCCAGAGAGAAGAGUUUGAGACGGCCCGAGACAGCAUCCUGGUGUGGCUGACGGAGAUGGACCUGCAGCUCACCAACAUAGAGCACUUCUCCGAGUGUGACAUACAGGCCAAGAUAAAACAGCUCAGGGCGUUCCAGCAGGAGAUCUACCUGAACACGGGGAAGAUCGAGCUGGUGUUCAGACAGGGAGAAGCUCUGAUCGAGAAGAGUGAACCUCUGGACGCGGCCGUCAUCGAGGAGGAGCUGGAGGAGCUGCAGAGAUACUGCCAGGAGGUGUUCGGACGAGUCGACCGAUACUACAAGAAACUCACGCGUCUGCCUCUCGCUGACGAUGAGCUGGACGGUUCCGACAUGGAGGAAGGCACCGAACUCUCGGAGCUCCAGUGGGGCGACUCCUCUUUGCCCCGGACUUCCAGCCGCCAAGCCACUGGCACGACUGCUCUCAUCCGGGCCGACCGCUCAGGACGGGACACUCCGGCCAGCGUGGACUCCAUCCCGCUGGAGUGGGACCACGACUACGACCUGAGCAGAGGUCUGGAGAGCCCCGGAGGACGAGGCCCCGGGGACAGGAGCAGAGGGCAGGAGGAGGAGGACGGCUAUCUGAGGACGGAUGUCACGGUGCUGUCAGGUGAGCCAGGUCAGCUGGAGGCCAGUCUGAGGCAGCUGGAUCAGGCUCUGGACGCAGGACGCUAUCACCUCCAGCAGAGAGAGGCCAGCACCAGCCGCUCCAGCCCCGACGUCGACUCCACAUACAUGGGCUACAUGCGUCUGAUGGGAGAGUGUCGAGGAAGUAUAGACACAGUGAAGAGGACGGAGGAAGAGCUGACUGAAGACGAGGACGACAUGCCGGGACUCAACAACACCACCAACACAGACACUCAGAGUGCUGGUGUGAUCGAGCGCUGGGAGCUGAUCCAGGCUCAGUCCUUGAGCGAAAAGCACAGGCACAAACAGAACCUGCAGCAGUGGCAGCAGCUGAUCUCAGACCUGCAGACCAUGAGGGCCUGGCUGGGUCAGUCCGAGGCUGAGCUCCGGCAGCUGCGAGGGCUCCAGCUCAGCACCGACAUACACACCAUCCAGCAGAGAAUCAAGAAGCUCAAGGAGCUGCAGAAGGGGAUGGAUGUCCACAAGUCAGAGGUUCUGUCCAUCAACCUGAGCAGCGCGGACUUCAUCCAGGCGGAGCCCGACUCCGAGGAGGCGUGGGAGCUGAGGGACGGGCUGAAAGAGAUGAACUCGUGCUGGGAUCAGCUCGGCACCUCCCUGGAGGACUGGAGGCAGGAGCUGCAGAGGGCGCUGAUGCAGUGCCAGGAGUUCCACGAGAUGAGCCACGGUCUUCUGCUGUGGCUGGAGAACAUUGACCGCAGGAGGAACCAGGUGGUGCCCAUCCCUCCCAGAGUGGAUCGCCAAACGCUACGAGCUCAUCACAAAACCCUCACGCAAAUCAAGCGCGAGCUGCUGGACUCGCAGCAGAAGGUGUCGUCCCUUCAGGAGCUCUCGUCCCAGCUGCUGGUCAACACCAAGCCUCAGCCUCUCCUGCUGCAGACGCAGACGCAGACCCCCGAGCAGCCGCAGCCGCAGCCGCAGGGCAGCGAGUGUCUGGAGGCGCAGGAGAAGGUGCACGUGAUCUUCAACAGGCUGAGGCUGCUGCUGAGGGAGGUCAACUCAGACCUGGAGGGGCUGGAGAGGAGGCUGGGGGCCGGGGAGACGCGGCAGGAUUUCUUACCGUUACCCGCUGGCAAGUCAGAAACCUGUGGAUCAGCUGCUCCCGUGUCAGAGGCGACGGUCGAGAGCCGCAGACGAUUGCCCCGAGGCAAAAGUAGUCAGGCCCACCGUGGACCCCCUGAGAGCGGCCCGCGCCACAGCCGGAGCAAAUCACGAGGCGCCGCUGGUUGCGUUUCCUCCCGUUCUGACCUUCCGGAUGGCGUCUCCUCCUCCUCCUCCUCCUCGUCCUCCUCCCCCUCGAAGGGUCAGUCCUUCCUGCUGCGAGUCCUCAGGGCCGCGCUCCCCGUCCAUCUAAUCCUCCUGCUCCUCAUCGGCCUGGCCUGCCUGGUGCCGAUGACCGAGGAGGACUACAGCUGCCACUACGCCAACAACUUCGCCCGCUCCUUCCACCCCAUGCUGCGCUACACCAACGGACCUCCGCCCAUAUGAGGAGCAGCUGAACACACAGACCUGCUUUUUGCCAAGGACUCUCCACUGACUGAAUGUUUCCUCUUCACCCCUCGUGCCCUAAAGCCACGCACUCUUCCCUCUGCUGGGGGGGGGCACACAUGCAUUAUGAAGUGAUUCAGAGACCACCUGAAGACGUCUCUCACCAACAUUGCACACCCACUCUCCUGAAAUCACCUCAACCCUUUAAAACAACCCUCCAGACUGACGGACCCUCCUCUGGAGAACCCCCCCC